UCUCUCUCUCUCUCUCUAGCACUGCCCGCAUAAGAAGUGUCAUAUGUAGUAUUUGGAAUUUGGAAAAGAGUAGGCGAAGCGGAGAGGAGAUUGCUUUGCUGCCCUACUCAAUAAAAGUCCCACCUUUGUCGCGUCUCCUCCUCCUCCUCAACGCCGCUACAUCUCUGCCGCCCCUCUUUGUCCUCCCGAUCCCAAUCGCUCGCUCAAUUCAGCCCCGCGAUGCGUCGUCUGCUCGUCUUCCUGCAUUUGCUUGCACUGGCUUGAUGAGGCAUUUGCUUCCAGUUUGUGCUAAUAAUUCCAUACGAUUUGGUUUCUAUGGCUUGUGAAGGUUAAUCGACAGUUUCCCGUGAGUUGAGCUGAUGUUUGGUGCGUUUUGUGAGAUCCAAGCCCUUGCAAUAUGGAAGUAGGAAACACUGUUCAAGACUAUGAUGAUUUAGACAAGCUUCUUAGGGAGAUACCAAAUGCUACUACAGAAAAUCUUAACGAUAGUCUACCAGUCCAUAGCAGUGCCUUGCUUGGAUGCCAAACAAAUUCUGCAUAUCAGCUUAAAAAUCCUUCUUCAAGUAGUUUGUGUGACUUGUUCAAUACUUCUCAAGCUGCAAAAGCCAAUGGCAAAAAUUCUUUGGAUGGCAACUCUUUGAUUAAAACACCAUUCAGUCAGGAUAAUUCUCAUAACUACUAUCAAACGUUGGGUGCAAGCGUUGAUCAAGAUACACUCAUAUUGCCAGAUGAACAAUCCUUAACUUUGGCAUUCCAGGAUAUGAGCUUUAAGGAUACGAUUUUAGGCAAGUUAGAUAAUCUGCAUUUGGAAGGCCAUCAAGUAUCAGUUAAUCACCCUUUGUCACCGGAUGCAAAUUAUUCAGCAGACCUAAAUAACGUCUCUUCUGGACCUGAGUUGACUGAGAUUCCAAUUAUUGUGCCACAUUCAGUGCCAAGGGCAGUGCAUCCGUCCAUUCUGGAAUCAGAAGAUCACACUACUUUCCACACAAAUCUUGAGCCUAAUAUACAAGAUAGAGCAGUUGGACAUACUGAUCCAGUGUUCUUUAAGAACAAUUGCCAUCACCCUAUGAAUGUGUUAGGUGAUUACACUAGGGAAUGGCAAGACUUCCCAAAUUGCUCUUCUUCGAUGCCUGUAAAUCCUGGAAUCCGUUCCAUUUCAAUGCCUAAUGUUCCUAUUCAGGGGUUUGAGAUUCCAGCCUCGCAACUACAGCAACAAUUCUGCAGGGAUUCCUCAUGCUCUGAUAAUGUCCAUCAUCAGCAUGUAAGUCAAUUUAUGCAGUUUUGCAAUGUGGAGUAUGAGAGAACCUAUAGAAGUAAUCUUGAGUUUCAUCAUCAAUGUCGAGAUGGGCAUGCUCAAAGAGGGGCAAACAUGGGUACUUGGCUUUUAUCUAGCAAUGAACUGCAGCCCCAAUUUUGCAUGUCCCUUCGUCAUCAGGCUGGACAGGUGAAUUUAGAUCCUUGCCAAAAUGUUAAUAUGGCCAAGGGAAGAUAUAAUCAGUUGAGUCCUUUGCCUAGAAGUGGUAACCUUGGUAGAUACCAUCUUAAUGGAUAUUCCGGUCAGUACGACAGCUUUAUGAUUCCAAACCGGAUGAAAGAACCAUCUCGUUUUCUAUGUAAUAAUAGCAUAAGUUCCCAUGGACAUGGAGUUCUGGACAGAUUUGGUGAACAAAUAUUUCCUGAAAAAUUUGUGACAAAAUUACACGGAGGGAAUUCGUUACGAUUUUCUGAAUCUGGUUCUAAUGGAUGUGAUCAACUGACCCAACCCACUGACAACACAAGGAGGUUUAGUCCUAAUACUAAGCUCAGCUGCAUAUUUCAGUUUGAUCGUGCCCUAAACUUGGAUCUUUCAAGAUUCCAAGGUUCCUUUCUUGAGAAUUCCAAUCAGAAAAUGGAAUCUUCAUCACCACAAUUCAAAAGUGAUUCAUUAAACAAUCUGAUUGGUCAAAUACAUUUGUUAGCUAAGGAUCAGAAUCACUGCCGUUCCUUGCAGAGCAUAUUUGAUAAGGGAAAACGUGAAGAUUUUGAUAAGAUAUUUCUUGCACUCAUCGAUCAUGUUAUUGAUCUGAUGACUGAUCAGUUUGGAAACUAUUUUCUUCAGAAGCUUAUUGAGGUUUGUAAAGAGGAUCAAAUAACACACAUGAUUUUUAAAAUUUCCCAGAGUGAUGGUGAACUCCUUCGAAUCUCCUGCAAUCAACAUGGAACUCGUGUAGUACAAAAGAUAGUGGAAACUAUGAAAAAUGAAGAGCAAUAUUCUAUGAUUGUUUCAGCUCUAAAACCUGAUUUUGUCUCUCUGAUAAAGAAUGCCAAUGGUAGUCAUGUUGCACAACGCUGUCUGGAAUACCUUUCACCUAGAUUCAGAGAGUUCCUUUUUGAACCUGCAGUUGCUAACUGCAUUGAGCUAGCAAGAGAUCGUCAAGGCUGUUGUGUGCUUCAGAAAUGCAUGACAGAGUUGGAUGGGGAGCAGAAACUACGUUUAAUUUCCAAGCUUGUUGCUCAAGCUCGUGUCCUUUCGGAAGAUCCUUACGGGAACUAUGUGGUACAAUUCAUCCUUGGCCGAGGGAUCCCAUGGGCAACUACUAAGAUAUUGGACCAACUGAAGGGUCAUUUUCAUAGGUUAUCUAUUCAGAAAUAUAGUAGCAAUGUCAUCGAGAGGUGCCUCAAAUACGCAGGGGCUGAAAGACUUGCCGAUAUCAUUUAUGAGUUGAUUAAUGAUCCUCGUUUUGUUGAGAUCGUGCAGGAUCGAUUUGGGAAUUUUGUGGUUCAAUCUGCAUACAGAGAAUGCAAGGGGGCGAUUCGAGCUGCUUUGAGCAAUGCGAUCAUACGGCUUGAACCCCUGCUCCGUGUUAAUCCUUAUGGUAAAAAGGUGCUCUCCAGCACCUGUUAUGGUAAAUAACUUGUAUCAUUCUACUGGCAACCACCUGGAUUUUGGCAUCAUUUUUGCAACAGGCCUCGAAAGCAAAUAACUGUAUGAUAUGUAACACAGAAAGGAGUUCCAGAGAUUCAGAAAUCAACUUCCAAACUAUGACAAAAUAGCACUGAAGUUCUAUAGUAUUUCUUUUUUGUUAAAACAUAUUGCUUAUAGGUUUCGCUAUCUGCUAUUUAUCUAUCAAGGGUAGUCUUGUUGCCAAUGGGCAGGCGAGUUAUAUACCAAAAUGCUUGUUAUUUUUGUUGGUUAUUUCUCCGAGCGUUGCGCUUAACCUUUGUAGUAACUCCGUGUUUGGAU